AUGGUGGAACGAAAAUCCGAUUGUUUUCUUCCAGACCUCGAAAACAUAUUCAUUGUUGUUGGAUUUUGUUGCAUCCUCAUAAUAAUCAACGUAUUGUGUGUUUACUGUUGUGUCAGCUGUCAAGUAAAAAGAAAACUCCGAUCUCUUCGCAUACAACAAGAGAAUGAUAGUCCCUGUAAACCCAUUUCAGAAGCAAUAACACGUAUCUACAAAAGUAUCAAUGUCUUUGAAGAGGAACAAAGUGAAACAUACGAUUUGGCAGCAAGUGUAAUCAAAAAAUCAAAUUUCGCCAUUACCAGCAGGAUAAAUGACAAAGAUAACUAUGACAAUGGGUUUUUCAGACUAUUGACACAGAGUGGUGAUUAUGAUAUGGCGUGGUCCAAUGCCUUGUCUUCUCCUACAUCUCCAGACGUUGAAUACGACCAUGUACAAAACGUUGGUGCAGCCUUGAUAGCACGUUUGCCAGAAGAAGAAAUAUUCAGCAAACAGAGUCCUCUUAUUCAAGACAUUUCUAGUGAAGUCAAUAAAAUGUGUAAUAAUGGUAGUGAUAAUGUUAACGAGUGUGUCAGUGAAAAGUCAACAGACUCAAUUAAUGGAUUAUCCCAUGUAGAUGAAAGGAAUUUAAAAUAUCAGACUGUUGCCAACUUUCAAGAAAGUGAUCUCAAUAACAUUGUUGGAAAUGAUGCACAUGACAAUGGCACACAGCAGAAGCAAAACAUAAAAUACGAGAAAAACGGAGCAAUAAACCAAAUACAUGAAAAACUCUCUACGACUGAUGAAACGGUUGUCGAGAAUGGAAAAACCAGAAAAGACAAAAAAGCGGGCAAAAGCUUAGAAAUGCAAAAUGGGAAGAGAGAUGUAAAUGUGAAGAAAUCAAAGGUACACAGAGAAAGUAAAACUGGCAAGGCAAGCAACAAUCUUCCAGAAUGUCCUUUAAUAAAUGAAGACACAAUGAAGUCUUCCUCACAAAGGUCAGGGAAAAUGGUGGACAAGGCAACGUCACUUCUAGUUGCAAACAUGAACAAAGUACUCUCUGAGACAAAACUGUAAAUAGAAAGUGGU